UUGGCUUUUGUAAAUGGGUUGAGGUGCCGGGAAUGCAGCCGGGAAUACCCGGGUGAGGCCCUCAACGUCUGUGACUUCUGCUUCGGACCGCUGGAGGUGGUGUACGACUACGCCACCAUUUCUGAGGUGGUCAGCCAUGACCGCAUCGCCGCCGGCCCCCUGAGCAUCUGGCGCUAUCAUGACCUGCUGCCAGCCAGCGGCGAGGAUCCGGUGGAUAUAAUGGCCGGGUUUACCCCGUUGCUAAAGGCCCGCAACCUGGGCAAGCUACUGGGAUUGAACAACCUGUACAUCAAGAAUGACAGCGUCAAUCCCUCCUAUUCCUUCAAAGACCGUGUGGUCUCGGUUGCCGCUACCAAGGCAGUGGAGUUCGGAUUUGAGACCAUUGCCUGCGCCUCCACCGGCAACCUGGCUUGCAGCGUGGCGGCACAUGCCGCCCGGGCCGGCCUGAAGUCCGUGGUGUUCAUUCCCUCGGAUCUGGAACGGGGGAAAGUGAUUGGCGCGGCUGUUUACGGUCCCACCAUGGUAGCGGUGGACGGCACCUACGACGAGGUUAACCGCCUUUGCAGCGAGGUGGGCGACAAUUACCCCUGGGCCUUUGUAAACAUCAACAUGCGCCCCUACUACGCCGAGGGCAGCAAGACCCUGGGCUACGAGGUGGCGGAACAGUUGGGUUGGCGCAUACCCGACCACGUGGUGAUUCCAUCGGCCUCCGGCGCCAUGUUUACAAAGAUCUGGAAGGGCUUCAACGAACUGGCCUGCCUAGGCCUUCUGGACGGAGUGGAUGCCAUGACUUUUGGCCCCGACCAGAACACGGUGCACCAUCCCGCCAUCACUACCAGGAUGCAUAUGGCCCAGGCCGAAGGCUGCUCCCCUAUCGUCAGCGCCUGGUCCAACGGGCAGACCCACAUUCGCCCGGUACGGCCCGACAGCAUUGCCAAAUCGCUUGCUAUCGGCAAUCCGGCCGACGGCAUUUAUGCUCUUAAAGUUAUCAAGGCGUCCGACGGUUCAGCCUAUGCGGUACCCGAAUCCCUGGUGGUCGAAGGCAUCAAGUUGCUGGCAGAGACCGAGGGUAUCUUUACCGAGACCGCCGGUGGCGUCACCGUUUCUGCCCUGAAGCACCUGGCAGAAAGCGGCGCCAUCAAGCCUGAUGAAUUGACCGUCGCCUACAUUACCGGCAAUGGCCUGAAAACCCAGGAGGCGGUUGAAGAAGUCGUCAACCCACUGCUGGUUAAGCCCACCAUGAGUUCCUUCGAGGAAGCACUGGAGGGCCGCGCCGCAGUAGGCGGCUAG